AUGAAUGAGGAUGAUGGUGAAGUUAAAUCAUACUUUGUAACAAUUAAAUUAUCAAUUGAAGCUCUUGAAGCUAUUGAAUUAUCACAAAUUCAAAUUAAAUCACCAAUAAAAAAGCAACAAGCUUCAAGUCAUAGAUUAGAUCAAGUAAUGAAUUAUAAAUCAAUAAUAACAACAGAAAAUAGAAAUAAUAGAAUGAAUUCAAGAAAAGGUUUAUCACCAGAACCUAAGAAAUUGGAUUUCACAAAGAUUAAAAAAGUUAAAUUUGUUGAUUAA